CACUCACCAGCAGCGGCCCCCUAACCCACACACCGGGAAGCUCACUGCCUCCGGAGAGCAGUUCCGGGCGGGGCGUGGGCUCCACUCCUCCAGUGUGGUGUGGGCGCGGGCAGCGGCGCUCCCAGGCGCACUGGGGUGCCCCGCGCCUCCCUGGCUGUGCUGCUCCAGGUGCCCUGAAGGCGGAGGUCCCUUGGCUAGGAUUGAGGUUGGGGGUGGAGGUCCCCCGUUCCCCAGAACCUUGUUAGUCCUCCUCCUCAGGCUGGCUCCUCCUCCAGGCGCGGGGCUCGUGCUCGCCGCUGCCUGCGCGCAUCACGCCUCCGAGCCCCCACCCCCGGCUCCUGCCAUCGCUACUCCCUCCUCCUCUUCCUCCUCCUCCUCCUCCUCCGCCCAUCACCGCCACUACGGACGCCUUCGCCGCCUACUCCUCGCGCGGCCACGGUUCCUUUUGCUCUGUUCCAGCUUCCACCAGCCCAUCUCUUCUCUGCCUGCUCUUUAGGUUGCUGCAGUCGUUCUCCUUCUCUCUCUCCCUCUCUCUUUCUCUUUCUCUCUCUUCCUCUCAAGUUUUCUGUCUUCUCAGAAUCAGAACCGCUGGAGGAAAACAUCUGCUUCUGCUUGCUGUUCAGCUUCGCAAACAAGGAAGAUGAAGACGAUUUUGAGCACCUGCAAAGUGAGGUCUCUGCUGCUCGUUUUCCUGAUGUGGGACCCAGCCAGGUUGGUACUGGCUAACAUCCAAGAAGAUGAGGCUAAAAAUAACAUCACCAUCUUUACAAGAAUUCUAGACAGACUUCUGGAUGGUUAUGAUAAUCGGCUUAGACCAGGACUGGGAGACAGCAUUACCGAAGUCUUCACUAACAUCUAUGUGACCAGUUUUGGCCCUGUCUCAGAUACAGAUAUGGAAUACACGAUAGAUGUUUUCUUUCGACAAAAAUGGAAAGAUGAGCGUUUAAAAUUUAAAGGUCCUAUGAAUAUCCUCCGACUUAACAAUUUGAUGGCUAGCAAAAUCUGGACUCCAGACACCUUCUUCCACAAUGGAAAAAAGUCAGUGGCUCAUAAUAUGACCAUGCCAAACAAGCUCCUUCGAAUCCAGGAUGAUGGAACCCUGCUGUACACCAUGAGGCUUACAGUUCAAGCUGAAUGUCCAAUGCACUUGGAGGAUUUUCCAAUGGAUGCUCACUCAUGCCCACUGAAAUUUGGAAGCUAUGCUUACACAACCUCGGAAGUCACUUAUAUUUGGACUUAUAAUGCUUCUGACUCAGUUCAGGUUGCUCCUGAUGGCUCUAGAUUAAACCAAUAUGAUUUGCUGGGCCAGUCAAUUGGGAAGGAGACAAUUAAAUCCAGCACAGGUGAAUAUACUGUAAUGACAGCUCAUUUCCACUUGAAAAGAAAAAUUGGGUAUUUUGUGAUUCAGACCUAUCUGCCUUGCAUCAUGACUGUCAUUCUCUCUCAAGUGUCAUUCUGGCUUAACAGAGAAUCUGUGCCUGCAAGAACAGUGUUCGGGGUGACAACUGUUCUAACAAUGACAACACUAAGCAUCAGUGCUCGAAAUUCUCUCCCCAAAGUGGCUUAUGCCACUGCCAUGGACUGGUUUAUUGCUGUUUGCUAUGCAUUCGUAUUCUCUGCCCUAAUUGAAUUUGCAACAGUCAAUUACUUCACCAAAAGAGGAUGGGCUUGGGAUGGGAAGAGCGUAGUAAAUGACAAGAAAAAAGAGAAAGGCUCCGUCAUGAUACAGAACAAUGCCUAUGCGGUAGCUGUUGCCAACUAUGCCCCAAAUCUUUCCAAAGAUCCUGUUCUCUCCACUAUUUCAAAAAGUGCAACGACACCAGAACCCAACAAGAAGCCAGAAAACAAGCCGGCUGAAGCCAAGAAAACCUUCAACAGUGUCAGCAAAAUUGACAGAAUGUCUAGAAUAGUUUUUCCAGUUCUGUUUGGUACAUUCAAUUUAGUUUAUUGGGCUACCUAUUUAAACAGGGAGCCUGUAUUAGGGGUCAGUCCAUGAGUCUAGACAUUGCUUACCAUUGGGCUAUAUAGAAACAACCCACUUGUUUUUGUUGUUGUUGUUUUGUUUUUUGGGUUUUUUUCCCCUGCUCUGUACAGUCUGACUAAUAACUGCUAAUUUAUGACCCAAUAUGUACAGUAUGUAUAUAGUCAUAGAGCUUACCUUACCUCUAAAGGACACCUGCACUUGCUAACUCAUGAAAAUACAGUCAGAAAACAUCCCGUGCCAAAUGAACCAUUGCCUUUUAAAAAAGAUUUACCGUAGGACCUAGUUUAAAGUGGAUUUCAGAUGACACGAUUUCCUAAUGUUCUUAUUAUGAUGAAAGUUGGAAUAAUAUGUUGCCCUUUCGGGAAACUUUGAUUUAGAUAUUACCUAGAAAAACAUUUCUACUGUUACCUAACUAUGAUUGGAGAUUAAUAUUGUCACUCAAAUAUGAGAAAAGGUGAACCACUUGUCUACUCCCUUCAGGACUAUUCAGAACCCCUGCUGAUGUAAUUGAAAGCUUGACACAAAUAAAGGGAAAGCUAGAGGUGUGAGAACAGCUUUUAAUUACUAUGUAGAAUACCUAUAGCAAUGUACAUAUUACAAGCAUGACAAGCUCAAAUAACUAUGAGUCACCAGGACAGGAUGUUAAUUAUGCUUAAAUUUAAUAAAUAUUGGAAUGUCAUGGUCAUUGUAUUUUUAGCUUCAGAGUUUAUUUGAAAGUAGUAACUUAACCUUACAGCUCACUUGAAUCAUUGGAAACUACCUAACAUUCAAAAAAAAAAAAAAAAAGAUACAUGGAGUUAGUCUUUCCAGGUAUGUGUUGUCAGCUGAAUUUUUCUGGUGCUGGAGAAUGGAAGAAAGCAACCAUCUUGGCUGCAAUGGAGCAAAGUUCAUUCAUAACAGAUUAGAAAGCUGUGCCAAAAACUCCAAGCGAUGAGAAUUCAUAGGUGUCCCAGGUACUGAUGAGCACUUAUAUGAUUCUCUUCUUUCCUGUUUACUGUAAAUUCUGCCUUAAGGCUUCUUCUCAUCAAGACUGAGAAGCCACUAAUUAUAAAGGAAAGGGCAGUUAGUUGGCACAUUUUUCUGUUCAGAAAGCAGCUCUUUCAGAUAAGAAUUGAUGUAAAUCUGCUUUUGUAAAUUGCAACUUUAAAUUUCAUUGACUCGAAUUUACAGCAGCUUUGUAUACCAGAAGUGGUUUUGGUAAGAGUUGAACAUUUUUAAACCACAACUUUAAGACAUCACAUCAUCAACAGAUUGUGGAUCAUGUCACACACACACACACACACACACACACACAUACACUUAAUACCCCCCCUACACACACAGCAUACAUACACUGACACACACACCACAUACACACACACACCACACACACCACGUAGCUAAAUUAGAAAACAAGAUUUUCAAUUUUAUAAAAUUACUGAUGGUUAGUGGGUAAAAUUAAUUUUCUUUUAAUAUUUAAAGUUACUAUUUAUGCCCCUGAAAGAUGCUGAAGUUAACUGUGUUGUGUUGAUACUAAAUUCACCUUUGACUGACAUGUACAUUAGCAGUUAUUAGUUGACUUUUAAAAUUAAACGCAAAUUCACAAUGAUGUUUUGGUAGAAACCUAAGUAGUCAAAUAGUGGCAUUCCUUUCAAUUUUGUACAGUAUUUGAGUAUAGUGCAAAACAGGUCCGCUCACAAAAUCAAUAAAGGGGCAUAUUCUGGAAAUAAGCAAACUCUCAAAAAAACCUAGUAGUGUUUCUUUGCCUCAUUCGAUUUUUUAAUUUUCUUUUCUAGUGUGAUUCUACUAUGUGCUUUGCAUGACUGUAUUAAUACCAGGGUCAUAGCUGCAUCUUACCAGCAGAAUUCACCACGAAGACAACCUUGACAUUACAACUUUCCUCAUGGAGAGUAAUCCAUAAACCUUAAUAAAAUUAUUUCGUGAGAAAAUAAAUGUUAUUUUGUUAAUUCCCUUCCAGUAACUACUUCCUUACCAUCUAGAUAAUUUUUAAACCUGAAUACCAUCCAUCCAACAAAAGUAAAAGAUACUCUGGUUUCUUAAAUGCUUGCGUAGAGCAAAGGCUCUUGUAUCCACAAGCUGAGGGAGAUGUGAGGCAGGGCAGGAGGGAAUGUGGUAUUUGGUAAGAUGCUUUCCGUGGUGUAUGUGGCCAGAGUUUUCAGAACAGUUUCUGGCUAAAGAGAGCUCAGAGCUUGACAGCAUGUAUUUUUUCUGCAAAGGACUUGAUUUCAAUUCCCAGCACCCACAGUGCCUCAAAAGUGCCUGUGACUAGGCUCCAGGAGAUCUGACACUCUCUUCAGGAUUCCAUGGGCACCAUACAUAUGUGCAUAUACCCCAGCAUCCUACAUAAAGAUAACAGUAAAAUAUGUCUUUAAAGUGAAUAGCUUAUACUUCCACCCCACUCUUUUACUGUCUUAUUAUUCAUCACGUCAUUAUAAAUAUGUACAUAUGUAAAAACAGUUUUAAAUAAUUUUCCACAGGUCAACAGGAAAGGUCCAUUUAUAUCUUCAACGAAGUGCUGUGAUUAUGUUGAUGACAUUACUUUUGUUAGUUAUUUUUGUUUUGUUUCAUGGCAGAAAAAGUAGAAAACUUAUCAUGAUUGUUAUUCUUUGAACUAAUAGAGUUGAAAUUUUUCAUUUCAGUCAUGAAAAACAUAUUUGAUUCUAAUGACGUUCAGAAAGGUUAAAUCUUCCAAUCAUGUGUUUCAGAAUUUUCUAUUGGGGCUCUGAUUUUGGUGUAUUUUUAUGUAUUCGUAUUCUUUAAAAAUUAAAAUAUGUAAGAAGAAGCUUUUACUCUUCUUGUAGAAAUGUUGAGUA